AUGAGUUCGGGAGGAAGAACCACUGGUUUGGAUAGCCUGAAUUACACACCUAUUUUAUCACCCAUUGAAUGCCCUGGAGAACUUGGAAUUGAAAUUGCGAAAACUGAGUCGGAUUGUGAUAGGAGUCAUACAAGAGAAACAAGUACCAUAUGUGUUGGGAGAACCGAUGUUGAUACAGCAAUAGAGCGGUUAAUUUCCUUAUUCCGUGAAGGUCAUGAUAUUUGUGUGCUUGUGUCCUGCAAAUCAGGUAAAACUUUAGUGGACAGAUCUAUUGAGAGUACUAUAAAGUCAGUUAAUAAUAAUAAUAAUAGUACUAGUAGUAAUAAUAAUAAUAAUGUCAGCAAUAAUAAUUGCAGUGGUGUUUCUCUUGACGCCUUAUCCAUUUUGCCGUCCACAGAUAAUAUGUACACAUCCUCUGGACAUUCUGGUAAGAGUUCUGGGGAUUUUUUAAAUCCAUCUCCUGGAAGAAAUCAACAUUUGCAAAGUGAUAUUAUCGCUUCUAAACCUUUCACAGCAACAAUGUGCUAUCCUUCCUCCUUUAAUGGGGAACUUGUUUCAGUUGUAGACGAUAGCACUACCGUCAUUGGAAUGGCGGCUUGCUUCUGUGAAUCACUGUUAGUAGAGGAACCUCAUGACUCUGUUUUUAUUUCAUUCACUGAACGUAGUGCCAACUCUUGGAUGGAUUUGGUAUAUCGAAUGCCAGGUCCUACAAGUAUGCCAUUGCACUUGCGUCGGUAUGCAGUACGAGAACUGACUCUUUUCUCUCAGACUUCAUUCCAUACAGUGAAUUCUAUGCGAGAUGUGAUGGAGCUUUCUGUUAAAGCCAUUCAAAAUCGUCCAAAGCGAAGUUUUAGUAAUACAACUAGUUACUUGGUUAUUCAAGUAUUGGUAGUUCCUUCUGAUGAUAUAGUUCAAUGGAAUGAGGAUUUAUACAAAACAGAAGAUCCUAAAAGAAUUGCUGUUUUCACUCAACCUAUUCUCUGUAAACCAUUUUUUGAAGCGUUGGGUAUUCUUACACCUCCUCAGGAAUCAUUGUCGUCAGAGACUUUUGAAGUAGAUUUAAAUAAUUCCGCAACAAGUGACCAGACUCAACGAAUUCUUUGCGCUGUUGGUGGUGUUCUGCCAGCGACUAUUACUGUUCAUCUUGUGCCUGGUCUUUUAAAUGCUGUCUCGUCAUCAUCACUACAGAAAAAAGUAACAGUAAGAGAGAAAAAUAAUCAUGAAACUACAUCACUUAAAAAGAUGUCUAAUCUGCAAGUGAUGCCGAGAAAUGGAAAUCGUCCCAUUGCUGCUAUUGAAUAUCACAAACAUUCGCAAAGAGAAGGUAUGUGUGAUCGAUUAAUGUCACUGCCCGUUCUUCGUAAGAUAGAGAGUGGAAACACUUCUGAGGUAAAUGCCCGUUCAGACUUAUCUUGUAAAACUACUAGCACAUUGCAUUUGGCACGACGAGCAUUAGAUUGUUUGCAAAAAAGAGAUAAAUGUAAUAAUAGUUUACGUAAAUCACUUAGUUGCAUGAAUGAAACAUCCUAUUCAGUAUCACGACUUGAUCCCUCUUUAGAUAAAGUUAAUUUAUCAGAGGUUUGUAGAGCUGUAUCUGAGUAUGAUUGUAGGAUGUUUGGACCUUACUUAUCUGAACAGUCUCAUUUGCAGGGGUCAGAAAUAACGGCAGGAUCGCGUUUCCGUCGUCGAAAAUUAUCUGAUGUAGCCGGUACGAUGACAGUUCCGCAUGAACUCCAAUGCUUUUAUGAAAAGAAAAAACUCUACUGGGAACGUGAAUCUGUGUUGUCUGGAGAACUAGAGGAAAGGAGUAUUAUCGAACGUGAGGAAAAACAGCAUAGACGAAUAACAGAGGCAAUGAUAGAAAAUAUGGAAUCCCAUCCUCAUCAAUCUCCUUGUACUCCACAUAUUAGUUCUUUGGUAGCAAAAGGACGUUUUAAGUCACCAUUUUAUAUGUUAUGUCGUUUUUUAUAA